AGCUUGUGGCUCAGAGCCCACCCCACCCGGGCACCGUCUUAGCGCGUCGCACCACGCCGCAAUGCAGUUCGCCUGGGCCGCCCUCCUCCUGGUCGCCGCCGCGUCGGGCACGCGCGUGGCGCGCCGCAACGCCCCCGACGUCGACGCCAAGGUGGCGGCGGAGGCACGCGAGAACAUCCAGAUUCACGAUGGGUUCCUGAGCCAGGAGAAGAAGGACGAGAAGGACGAGUCCGAGGUCAGGCACAACAAGGACCGAGCUGAGCGCGGCGGCCCUGAACAGCAGCGGCAGGUGGGUCGUCGCUCUCGACCGCGACCUGAGGACGCAGAUGCUGGUGCAGGCGGCGGAGCUGCUGCUGUCGCUCAGGAUCCUUGUGGAAGCAUCACUUGCGCUGCGAGCUUGGUGUGUCCGGGUACCUUCAAGGUGGAGAGCCUGCCGGGACACUGCUGCCCCUACUGCGUGAACCCAGACGUCAAGGACCUGGAGUCGGCCGUCACUGGUGCUACUGGCAGCUCUGGCGGCAAGGCGAGCGUCUUCUGCGAGAACGUGUGGUGCUUCCCGACGAUGUGCACGAAGGCCCUGUCCGAGCCCAGCACGACCAACGGGCAGUGCUGCGCUGCGUGCCCUGCCCUGUGAGCCCCCGGGGAGCCCGGCUGCGCCGCCGCGGCCACGGCACCGCCUCUUGGCCUCGAGGCUCGGCUGCGCGCGGCAGGCCCCAGGUGUCGAGGCAGGGGAGAGAAAAUCAAGAGGGACGGGAGGGGGCAACCAAUUACAAGCGUUGUUCACAACCGCGCGUCUUCGCCAUCAGAACCAGUGUGUUGACUGAGCUCUGCGCCGCAGCGAAA